UCAAAGCAGUGAAUCUGCUGGGGAAUCAAAGACGUAGAAGUUUCAGUUAGAAAAUUAAACAGUUUUGUAAAGAGGGAAAACAAUCUGGACAGGUUUUAAAGAAUUAAUAGAAGAAGAAGUUGUUCCAUUUGAAGAUUUCAUCAUCAUUUGAAAUCUAUAUAUACAGAUGGAAAAAAUGAUAAUUUGUGAAGUUGGAAAAAAAUUGAGAGAAAGGUAGGCAAUGGUAAAGUGACAGUAAUACUGAUAAAUUUAUAGAAAACUGUUACAUGAAUAUGAAAUAGGGAGCAAAGUUGAGCAACAGUUAACUUACUGCAGAUGAUUAUAUUGUAAAUCAUUACAUAAAGUACAGAGUGCCCACAAUGUAAUUAUUGAUUGAAUCUGAUCAUACAUGACACACAUAUGUAUAUAAUUACAGGUGGACUUUAACAAAGAUGAACAGGUGUAUGUAAUAUAUAUAUUGUUUUUACUCUGAAAUGACUAACACAUGUAAUGGGUAUGUGACUAUGGAAUUUAACCAGACAGUAGGAGGAAAUACUGGACAGAAAGAGAAUAUGGUAAAGUUUAUAAAGAAAGAAUUGGAAACAGAAGCUGAAACUGUCAUUGAACAAAAGAAUAAUUGUGGAAGGGGAACAGAUGUCGAAUAUAUUGAAUGUAAACCAGACAUUAGAAAUAUUUGUAAAAUUGAUUCUGGAAACAGUAUUGGUAAGGAUAAAGAUGUAGAAAGAAGUGGAAGAGAGUCAGAAGAUAUGGAAAGUAAUACAAGAAUGAGGAGAAGUGUCAGGAAAGCCAAACGAAAAGUUGACAGUAACUUUGAAUAUUUUAAAACUAAAAAACAUACAAGAAACAAUAUUGAAGAAACAAACUUUCUUCCUUCAAAACAUAAAAGACUGAAGAAACGAAAUCAGGAUAGUAAGACUGACAAGCAAGACUUCACUGCUGUUGAAAAAAUUCAGACUGCUAACUCUGAACAAGUUGAUAAAGAUUUAGUCCAGACUACUAAUUCUAAGCAGAUUGUUGUUGAUGAUGAUGGAGACCAGACUGCUAAUUCUGAAGAUGUUGGAGUUGAUGAUUAUGGAAAUGAGACUAUUAAUUCUAGAGAGGGUGACGAUAGUGAUGGAGAUCAGACUAUCAAUUUAAGAGAGGAUGCAGUUGAUAAUGAUGGAAUUCAGACUUCAAGAGAGGAUGCAGUUGAUGAUAAUGGAGAUCAGACCUCAAGAAAGGAUGCAGUUAAUGAUGACAGAGAGGAAAAUUUUGAGGUAGAAGUAAAGAAGAAAAUCCUUGAUACCGUUGGAAUUACAGAAACGGACCAAAACACCAAGGCAAAUGUUUCAGCAUCUGACAUUACUGAUCAGAUACUAGACAGAGAAACUAAAGGUAUGAAAUGUUUGAAAUGUAAACUUGGUUUUUCGAACAGAAAUGAGUAUAUCAGUCAUAUGAAAGAACUACAUAAAGAUUAUGUGCCUUGUGAACAUUGUGACACUUACUAUAAAACGAAAAGUACAAUGAUGAAACAUUUCCGAAAGACACACAGUGUUAAAACUAAUGGAAGUGCAUCUAAACAAAAACGGCCAACAUAUCAAUGCACAUACGAUGGGUGUUUGAAAGAAUUUAAAGACAAAUGGGGCAGAACAAAGCAUGUAAAUGCUGUUCACUUAAACAUUAGAAAACAUGUGUGUGAACAUUGUGGCUUUCGUUUCAAGAACUCUUGGCACCUAAAAAUGCACGUAUCUUCAGUUCAUACAAAAGAUAUAUCUCGUAUUAAUCCUUCUAGAAGCUAUGCUGACAGACCUUUCAGAUAUAAAUGCUCUUAUGAAGGCUGUUUAAAACAGUUUAAAGACAAAUGGGAAGAAAAAAAGCAUGUGAAUGCUGUUCAUUUGAAUAUUAGAAAAUAUCAGUGUGAAUUUUGUGGAUACCGUGCUAAGACAUUUAAUGCGCUUAAAGUGCAUUUAUUGGCUAUUCACACCAAGGAAAGUGAGAAGAAAGUUUAUGAAUGUGAUGUCUGCGGUAAAUCCUUCGGAAAACGGAACUCUUUGUAUUAUCAUAAAACGUUGCAUUCAGACACAAAACACUACAUCUGCGAAUUUGAAAACUGUGGAAAAUCAUUCAGACUAAAGGAUGGUCUGAGAAAGCAUGAAAGGAUUCACACUGGUUUCAAACCUUAUCAGUGUGAAGUUUGUGAGGAGAGAUUCAGCAGGAAGAUUUACCUCGAAACCCACAUGUAUAAACAUACAGGUUUAAAGAAGUUCGUCUGCGAGAUCUGUAAAAAGUUCUUCAGUCAGAAGGGUAACUUGACCGUCCACAUGUUACUUCAUGACCAGGAACGACCAGUCUAUAAGUGUCAGAAAUGUUCUUAUACAUCAAAUUUUAAGUCAAAUCUGACAAAACACUUGCAACAACAUUGAUAAAAAAGAUGAUGAUGACUUAGACAGCAAGAAGAGAGGUUUUGAAGAAGAAAAAAAAUAGGAUAAACUGUGUAAUUGGCCUUCGAAGGUGAAAGCGGCUUCUCUUAGCUCAUGUUAUCUGUCACCCUGGCAGAAGUACAGUAGAUGUUAAAAAGCAGUUGGGUAAAUGAGUCUUGUUCAGUUGAAAAUAUGUCUAAAGUAUAAACACAAGGAACCAUGAUGACCAAAUAUCACUCUCCUGACAGAUCUGAUGAUCAGGGCUUCAGGAAUUUUGAAAGCUCAGUUGGUCUGAGACGAAAUAAGUUCAUUUCAGUUGAUGCUACCACAUCAUUUAUACAUGGUAGAUCUAGUACAUUUUGUAUUAUAGUAGGGCAAAGAAAUGAAGUGUCAUGCAGUAAAAGUGAUUGAGAGACCAUGGCUGAGUGAUUAAGGGCACUGAAGCACUUGCCCUCACUGCUGUGGGUUUGAAACCAGCUUGCUUUUGGUGUAGAAUUCUUUUAUAUGAAAGAGCUUUCCAGCUGGCUUACAGAAGAGUAGUGGAUCUACCCAGGAGCCUGCCCAUGAUGAAAAUAAUGGCUGGAGGGACACUUUAAGGCUUUCUCCACUAUCAAAAGCUGGAAGGGCUCCUCAAGUCUGUAUCACCUUUGGGUAGUUUAUCAUCCCUGUUGUUAAAUAGGAUGAUAAACUACCAAAAAAAGAUUUACUGGUCACUGUAGAUAAACAUUUAAUGAUUAUGGACAAUUAAUUUUAUAUAUGAUUGUAAAUUUGUUCAAAUUUCACUAACCUCUUAGAAAUAUGGUUACCAGUGAGGUUGAAUUUUUAACUUGCCUGAACACUAUUAAAGAGCUCAUUGUGAGCUUUUAAGAUCGAUUAAAUUCUGUCAUCUGGCCAUCAUCUGGAAUUUCUUAGAACAAUGUCUUCAUAACCACAAAGCCAGUUUCAUCCUAAUUUCACAGGAGUGUUCUUUGGGUAGUCCUCUUUCAAAUUCCUUCAAAUCGACCCAUGCAUAAUUUUAGUUGCCAAAAGGAUAUCUUUAAGUAAUCUCCUUGUCACAAACCCAAAGCCAGAUUUUAAAAUAACUUAACAGCAAUGUUCCCUUCUUCAAGCCAUGAUGAUUUU